AUGGACCCGCGCAACCAGGAGAAACAGGGUGAGCCGGUGGAGCCGCGCUAUCUCGAUUUUCGCCAUCUCCCGGACGGUACGAUGCGAGACGGCAAGCCUGCAUUGAAUAAGUACUCAUCAACCCUUACCAAUGCACAUGACUUCCCAGGAGCUCAGGCAAUGCUAUACGCCGCUGGCGUGCCGUCGAAAGAGGCCAUGAAGACACAACCGCACGUAGGGAUCGCAAGCGUGUGGUGGGAGGGCAAUCCUUGCAACAUGCAUCUUCUCGAUCUGGGGAAGGAGAUCAAGGCAAGCUGCCAGAAAGAUGGAAUGUUGGCUUGGCAGUACAACACCAUUGGCGUAUCCGAUGGUAUCACCAUGGGCGGCGAGGGAAUGCGCUUCUCUCUGCAAACCCGAGAAAUAAUUGCCGACAGCAUUGAGACUGUGACAUGCGCUCAACACCAUGACGCCUGUAUCGCAAUUCCGGGCUGCGACAAGAAUAUGCCGGGCGUUGUCAUGGCCUUCGCGAGGCACAACCGUCCUUCGAUCAUGGUCUACGGCGGAUCCAUCAAGCCUGGCUAUAGUGAAACGCUGCGCAAACCGAUCAACAUCAGCACCGCUUACGAGAUCCACGGAGCCUACAUCUACAAGACGCUAAAAAGUGCUCAAGAGGGAGAGUUCAAUGCAGAUCAGAUCAUGGAGGAUAUCGAGAAGAAUGCUUGUCCUGGAGCCGGAGCAUGCGGUGGCAUGUACACUGCGAAUACUAUGAGUACUUCAAUCGAAGCAAUGGGCCUCUCCCUCCCGGGCUCCUCCACCACCCCCGCCGAAUCUCCCGCUAAAAUGCGCGAAUGCGCCAAAGCCGCCGCCGCUAUCCGGACGUGCAUGGAAAACAACAUCACGCCGCACAAACUCCUCACAAAAGCCUCGUUCGAAAACGCCCUCGUCAUGAUGAUGGCCCUCGGCGGCUCCACGAACGCGGUUCUACAUCUCCUCGCUAUGGCUGGCACCGCUGGCGUCCCCCUGACCCUCGACGACUUCCAGCGCGUCUCCAACAAGAUUCCGUUCCUGGCGGACCUUGCGCCUUCCGGGAAGUACUUCGUCGCAGACCUCUUCGACGUCGGCGGCAUGCCCUCCGUCAUGAAACUGCUCGUCGCCGCCGGGUUAUUGGAUGGCUCCAUCCUCACCGUAACCGGCAAGACGCUCGCCGAAAACAUCGCGCCCUACCCCUCCCUCCCGCAAGACCAAGCCAUCAUCCGCCCGCUCUCCAACCCUAUCAAAGCUACCGGCCACAUCGAGAUUCUCCGCGGCAAUCUAGCGCCCGCGGGCGCCGUCGCCAAAAUCACCGGAAAAGAAGGCCUCAAGUUCACCGGCAAAGCCAUGGUCUUCAACAAAGAGCGCGAGCUCGACGCCGCCCUCAACGCCGGCAAGAUCCCGCGCGGCGGAAACCUCGUCCUCGUCGUGCGCUACGAGGGUCCGAAAGGCGGGCCGGGCAUGCCCGAGCAACUCAAAGCUAGCGCUGCAAUCAUGGGCGCGAAUCUGAAGAACGUGGCCCUCAUCACGGACGGGCGCUACUCAGGCGCGAGCCACGGCUUCAUCGUCGGGCAUAUUUGCCCAGAAGCGGUGGUCGGGGGACCGGUUGCCGUGGUGCAGGACGGCGAUAUGAUCACGAUUGAUGCGGAGAAGAACCGGAUUGAUAUGGACGUUAGCGAGGAGGAAGUGAAGCGGAGGUUGAGCGAGUGGAAGGCGCCGAAGCCCGCGGUUACGCGGGGCGUGCUAGCCAAGUAUGCGCGGUUGGUCGGCGAUGCGAGUCAUGGCGCGAUGACUGAUCUCUUCUGAGAAAGGAUAAAUGGGUCGUGCUUGGGCAGGCAUGCUUGAGAUUGGUAUUCGAGGGGGGGAAAUGGGAUGUGACGGCGGAUGGGGCGCCUUUGAGGAGGGCAGGAGUUGGGAUAGACUGCGGCAUGGGCUUCGGCGUUCGUAGAGGGGUGCGCUAUCUUGCAUCGGAGGUUGCUUGAUACGGCGAGUUUGGGUUGCUCAUUGGGGUAGAAAAGUGCUUCUCUGCUUCGAUUUCACGUGUUUUUCUGCUGGAGGCGGAAAAU